CGCUUGUACGCAUGCGCUCUUGAACUUCCUUUUUAGACUGCCAUUUGUGAUUGCACAAAACACGUAAACAAUGCAGUUGUUUGUACGGGGUAGCGAGACUCAUGCUCUGCAGCUAGCAGGAAGCGAAACUGUUUCUGAUAUUAAGAGUCUGAUCAGUGAACGUGAGGGAUUUCCAGUUGAGGAACAGAUUAUCCUGUAUGCUGGUAAACCACUGCAGGAUGAGUACCUUCUGUCUAAGCUUAAUGACCUGUCCACUCUGGAUAUUGAGGUCAGAAUGUUGGGAGGUAAAGUCCAUGGUUCUCUAGCCCGUGCCGGAAAAGUCAAGGGACAGACCCCCAAGGUUGAAAAACAAGAGAAGAAGAAACAGAAGACAGGACGAGCCAAGAGACGCAUGCAGUACAACAGAAGAUUUGGAGUUGUUGUUUCUACAUUUGGUCGCAGAAAGGGGCCCAAUGCUAAUUCCUAAGAUGUGUUUAUAAUCAGAAACUGGAUUAAAUCACGUAGUAACUUUU